UACAUGCAUUCCUAAGAACAAACUCAGUGACGCCUGGCAGGUUGAAAAGGGAAGUCUAUUAUAAAGAAAUAUUUAACCAGCCUGGCACUAUGCAGACAACAGCAAAAACCAACAGGAAGAGCGUCUCUAUCCGUCCCUUGAAAACAGACCAUAUAGAGUGCGAACUGGUCUGGGAAAUGAUUGUCCGCAACAUUUCUAACGCUUUGCUGGUGCAAAGCAUCAUCAAAGGGAUGAAACAGCCUAUUGCGAUUGCUGUGGCGUUUGUCACGUUUGCCUUGUUUUAUCAAACUACCGGUUUGUUUGUCCUGUCAGGGGCAGUCGCAUGUGUGACUUUGCUCGGUGGUGGCUUAUUGAACGGGUAUUACGGCAUUAAUCGAAUAUUCGCUGGGAGUCCUGCAAGCAAGCGUAAAUUGUACACAUACUUCAAUAUGCGUGUAGAGCGACAGUUCUGGGUUGCUGAAUGUGAUGACAAAAUUAUAGGCUGUGCUGGUAUCCAAGAAGCAUCGCCAACAAACGGUUUAGACGAGUCACCGGGAACUGUGGCCGAGUUGAGGUGGAUGGUGGUAGAGGCAGAGUAUAGACGGUUUGGAGCGGCCUCAGCUUUGCUUGGAAACGCUAUUGAAUUUUGCAAGACACGUGGUUACAAAGAACUCACCCUUGUGACAUCCGAGGUUCAAAACAAUGCUAUUUGUUUUUAUUUGAAGUAUGGUUUUGAGGAAAUUGGUCAAUAUACAUUGGACAAUUUGUUUCCGCUUUUCAGAUUGAAAAUGCACAAGUUUAGACUAUAUCUACAGCAAAGUACAUAAAUGAAUGUA